CCCCACUAAGUUAACCUCAAGAAUUAACGAACUGCACCGUUUUAAUCAAUAAUUAUACCCACUAUUUACCAGUAUUCAUGCCCCACUGAAAAUCGCCUAAUACCCUUUGUAAGCUCGACCACUAAGUUGCAAACUUUUUUCGCCGCUGAUUCCAACUGGGUUUGUGAAGCUCUUGCGUGGACGAUACGUACAUCAGCUGUUUCAGCUGAAUUCAAAGUCGGUUGAGCGGUACGGAUAGCCUCUACUUUGUUGGUUUCGUUUAAAAUCAUCACUCUAUGCUUAAGCUUGAUUGCCGCCUCCUGAAAGGAGGUACACCGAACAUCGACAUCAAGCACUGAAAAUGGCCAGAGGUACACUGAUUUGUUUGCCGUAGCUCCAUUGAUUAAUUUGUAUCAGCUGUGACAAACUAUAUAUCAAGUUUUGGAGGCCACAAAUUUAAAAUUGCCCAGCCAGAAUCAGAUUGUUGAGGUAGCAGAACUACCUGGGUUCUAUUUUGACCCUGAGAAGAACAGGUAUUUCCCCAUCCAGCAUCGAGCAGCUGGAGCCAGUCAGAUAUGUAAAACUAAAGUAGCUUCAUCGUCUGUACAGCUGCAAAUGGUGGCCUGUCUGCAACAUGGAUGCAACCCAUACUCCAUCCAUGUCCAUUAUCCAGUUUAAGCUGAUGUUAAUGUUGGAGGAAGUUUUUUAAUCCUAUGCAUGGAAGAGAUGAAAGUUGAUUCUGUUCAGGAAUGUUAUAAUGUGGUUCAUUAUUUUUGGUCUAUGCUGAUAAACAUUAACAAGUGUCCAAUCCUACGUGCUCAUAAGAUGCUAAAAUACUUCAUGAUCGAUUUGAAUAUCUGUUGCUGGAUUGCCUUUUCAUGGAGAUUGUAUCCUGAACUUAACUGAUAUUCCAAAUAAUAUCACAUUAUAUGUGAUAAUUGUUAUGUCAAAAAGUGAAGCUCAAAAGAGGAAACAAACAAACAAACUUGGUGCUGUUGAGCUUCUUUAUAGGAGGGAAUUGGCAGGGAGGAUCCUACCGUCAGGCAACAUUAGCAAUGUUUUAUUUCAGCGAGAACUUAUGGAGUUACAAGCAUCCCUUGCAAAGGUUUGGAUGUAUGACAAUACAAGUGGUAAAGCAGAUGGCGCAGUUGAACAAUUUCUUGCAACAAAGGAAACUCUAGAUGGCAGUAAGGAGGCAAAUGUUUUAAUUGUAGGUGGCAGGAAUGGUUCGCUUGGGCUAUAUGAAGUGGAAGGAACUAGGGAACAGCUUGAGUAUGACCGAAUAAUAUGUCGACGUUAUCCCUUUGUAAGUACAAGUUUGAACCAGCGAAAUCCAAGUGAGAAUCAGCCAUCUCCUAUUUGGACCAUACAGGAACCAGAAUUGUCUUUUGAGUCUAAUAUAACUGCUAUCAAGAGGCUUGGAAGGAGAUCUGACUUCAUAAACCAUGAGGGGCUCAAUGAACGUGCAUUAUUCACAACUCUAGGUUCUGGAAGCGUUGGUGGGUCACUAUAUAGUUUGAAUCUCAAUGCUGCUCCUCAGAGUAGAUUGUCAAAAUGUAUUUCUACUAGUUGCACAAUUUGGACAGCUGAUAGCAAUUUUGAUGGCACAAGAGCCAUUAUAGGUACAAACCAGGGCACUGCCCUUGUUGACAUAGAACAUAGAAGACUAUCAUGGGUAUGCCGAAGUAAAAGUGACGUUCUCUCCCAGCAAUUUGACCAAUCUGGCAAUCAUAUUUUUUGUGGGUUUCGUAAUGGUGCAAUUGUCACUGUUGAUAUAAGAAGUGAAGAAUCAGCACAGUUUGCAAGCAUGCACAGACAUGCAGUACGCCAUGCUGCUCACAGUUUUUCACUUAAUGAUGGUUCUUCAAAAUCACUUUCUGGCAAAUUUCGGCUAAAAGGAAAUGUAAAUCCAUCUGAUGCAAUUUACAUGCCCACAGCUGUAUGCAGCUUGGCAGCGCUUCAAUCUGAUGAUAAAUAUUUACUUGCUAGCUCGAUGAAUGGAACUAUAAAGCUGUGGGAUCGCCGCUUGAUUGAGAGAGGAUCUGUGCAAUCUUAUGAAGGGAAUGUUAAUUCGCAUACCAUGAUACAAAUUGGUGUGGAUCCAACUGAGUCACUUCUUGCAUCAGGUGGUGAAGACGGUGCCAUCCGUCUUUGGAAUGUAAAGACUGGAAAGCUUUUGCACACAGAAGUGGGUUUCUCUUCACCUGUUACUACAAUAUGCUGGCCAAAAUACAGAAAAAUGAGGGAAUCAUCCAAGGAAGAGAAGUUUUAUGAAGAUACUUCUUUUGAACAGAAGUUUUGUUGGGGUCUGUGGCUUGGAUCUUUUGAGGGGUUGCUGUAUAUGCAUGGAGGUGGUUGAUAUCACAGUUCUUAUCUGACCAAACCAUUUGCAAAGAAAGGAUAUGAUUUAGAAGAAAUGGUUGAAAUGUUAUAUCGAGUCACCAUACCUUUCUCUUGAGAACAUAAAGGUAAUUGGCACAUCUCCUUGUAAUGAUCCUAAAGGUAAAUAGUUGUUUUUAAAUUGGUUUGGAAAUUCAGAAGAUUUUUUCACAAACUGAAAAGAUCAAAAGAAUGCCCCACGCAGAAUGCGCCAAUAAUAAUAAAGACAGAAGGUUCAGGUUUCUCAAAGUUUGGCAGAGGAAACUUUUGAUGAGCAUAGAUGUGAACCAUCACCACAGGAAUCUGUAACACAAAAAAUGACUGUUCAGAAGGAAACUACUUUUGUACAACAGUCCUCAGCAAAUUAAAUGCAGGUUUAAACAUUGAAAUAUUCUGUUGGAAAUGAUUUUUUUUUUUUUAAUAUGAAUUGUUUGCACAGUAAUAGCCUUUGUUUUAAAAUUCCCCCUCCAUCUUAAGCCAGUUUCAGAUUGGGGAUUGAACUUCAUGAUAAUUUUAAAUAUUUUGGAAUGUCUGUUGCAGGAUUUUUUUUGCUUUCUUGAUUGAGAACCACUAUAUCUUGGCUUUAUAGCUUCUAACUUUGUAUUUGAUAUUUCAAGUGAGUUGGAAAAUGAUUUUUGUUUUUU